GCUGUCAAGGCGUAAUUAACGAAAACGAGCGAUAAAACUGCAAAUAUUUACGAAAAUUGCAAAGUUUUCGCGUCUGGAAGUGAUGUCUGCCCUCAUUCGCCUUACCAGCCGCGCCCUGGCGCUACAGCGCUCCAUGGCGCUUAAUCAGACGGCGACAUUGUCUGCCUGUCGCACGAUUAAAACGUCGCCCAAGAAGGAUGAGACAGUUGCAGCACCAGCUAGCGUUACAGCCGAAGAUUUUGCCAAUCCCAGCCCCAAGAACUGGGUCAGCUAUGGCUUUGAUUACAAGUCUGAGAAGGAGGAUCGUAACGCAGCGAAAUCUACAUUCUUCGUGUCCGUCACACUAUGCCUGGUGUGGGGAACUUUCUUCUGGGCAUACUUGCCCGACACACAAAUUCGUGAUUGGGCGCAGCGUGAGGGUUAUUUGGAGCUGAGACGUCGCGAGCAAGCAGGAGUUGAUUUGGUUAGCCCUAACUAUGUGGACCCGGCAAGCAUAGUGCUGCCUUCUGACGAGGAUCUCGCCAACACGGAAAUUAUUAUUUAAACAACUUAGAGCACUAUUUAGUUUGUUUUGUUAGGCGAUUGGUUAUGUAAUGUAAAGAAGCUAACAGCUGCUGUGCGAUCGCAUGCCAGGCCAUUAAUAAAAAUGCAAUUCUUGGCUUGUAAAAUUAA